GUAGCGUGACAGAAUAUACAGUAUACUGAGUGGCAAACAUACACACACACACAAUCCUGCUCUGACGGUGAAUUCAGGAGGAACCUGCUGCUAGCUAAAAGGCGAUGAAAAUGGAUUUAAAUGCAAUCAUAGAGCAAAUGGAGACGGGAGAGCAGGACACUGCUCUGACGGCUCUCCAGAGCUACAACAAAGAGAUGAACCACUGCUUUACAUUCAGCAAGGAAGAAGAGCAGGACAGAGAGACUCUGGGGGAGUUGGUGGUUGGUUUUUUGAAUAGAGAGCUGCAGCCUUCCUGCCAGCUGGCUUGUCUAGAAACAGUUCGAAUCUUGUCCAGAGACAAAGAUUGCCUGGAUCCCUUCAUCACCCGCUCCGCCAUGUCCACUCUUGCCCGUUACGCUGCCAUUGCUGUGUGCAAUAGUGCCACACCUGAUCACAACCAGCCUCAGGAGGGCCAAGUGGAGGGGGAGGGAGGAGAGGGUGGAGAGGCAGCAGAAGACUCCAGUGAGGUGGUGAAGGAAGCCUCCGCUCCUUCAGAAAACUCUGACCAGGAAGUAAUCAUUGAGGCUCUGAAGUCCAUCUGUAACAUCCUGCUGCACAACGAGACUGGACAGGUGGUAGCAGCAGAUAUCCAGCUGAUAAAGGGUGUGGCAGAGAGGCUGAAGCAGUGUCAUGAUCCCACCUGGACCCAUGAGGUACGCUUCUUCGACCUGCGCCUCACCUUCCUGCUAACUGCCCUGAGAGUGGACGUCAGAGCACAGCUGGCUAAGGAGCUUCAUGGCACCAGUCUGCUAGGCAACCAGCUGGAUGCCACACUGGGUCUGAGUUGGCCGGAUCCCAUGGAGACGGCCAGGGCUGGGUUUGAGGAGGUCCCCCCUGAAGAACUGCCCCCAUUGAGCCGACAGCAGACAGAACUUGCGAUGGAAAUACUGAAAAUACUGUUCAAUAUCACAUUUGACACGGCAAAACGCAAGGUGGACGAGGAAGAGACAGCAGAGUACAGACAUCUGGGAGCCAUACUGAGACACUGUCUCAUGAGCCAUGCAGACGGAGAGGAGCGGACCGAGGAGUUCCACAGUCAUACUGUAAACUUGUUAGGUAACCUCCCUCUGCCCUGUUUGGAUGUACUGUUGAUGCCCAAAGUGCAACAAGGCUCUAUUGAGUACAUGGGGGUCAACAUGGACGCUGUCAACAUGCUGCUGGGAUACAUGGAAAAAAGACUUGACCGGGGACAUAAGCUGAAGGAGACCCUUCUUCCAUCACUGAACUUGCUGACUGAAAGUGCCCGAAUCCACAGAGAGACCCGGAAGUUCCUCAGGUCAAAGGUGCUGCCCCCGCUGCGUGACGUUAUAAACAAGCCAGAAGUGGGCAGUGCUCUGAGGAAUAAACUAGUCCGUAUCAUGACACACAUCGACACUGACGUCAAGGACUGUGCUGCAGAAUUCCUCUUUGUUCUCUGCAAAGAAAGUGUUCCAAGGUUCAUUAAGUAUACUGGAUACGGAAAUGCUGCAGGUCUGCUGGCUGCCAAAGGACUGCUGAGAGGAGGCAGAGACUCUGGGAUCUACUCUGAAGAUGAAGAUUCAGAGACAGAAGAAUACAGAGAGGCCAAGGCCCAUAUAAAUCUAAUAACAGGAGUUGUUGAAGAGGAACAACCCAAUCCUAUGGAGGGAAUGACAGAGGAGCAGAAAGAAAUUGAAGCCAUGAAGCUGGUCCAGCUGUUUGACAAACUGUCAAGGACCAAUGUGAUCCAGCCAAUGCAGCUCGGUAUGGACGGGAAGAUGAGAGAGAUUGCUCCAGAAGAUAUGCAUAAACUGGCACACAAUCCUUUGUUCCAGCCAGAAGAGAGACCUCAUUCAGACAGUGAAGAUGAGGCUUAGUACACACAGGAGCAUAAAGGCAGACAUUUUUUUUUUUGGGUGACAGUCGUGGAUCUCUGUCAUUAUUUAUUUAAAUGUUUAGGUUUAGGCUGAUGAGAGGUGAAUCACAGAAAAUUGGGAUUGGGAUGUUUAGUCAAAGUGAAAACCGAGCAUGGUGGACUUUAAGGACAAUUUCGCUUUAUUUAAUAUGCACUAUGCUGUCAACUUAAGAACACUAGUGUUUUACUGCUCACCAUUUUUCCAAUGAGAACCAUUAGUUUCCAUCCUCCCACACAUUUGUUUCAGUUAGUUUGAGUACACUAUAAAAUCAACUUGCUAAGGGUUGCUUUGGAGCACUUAUAACCCCAGAGAGUGUAAACAAGGUUAGCAUGGAGACAGAUAUUUGCACCUCUGUAUGUCAGGGGUGGGCAAUUCAUUUUACCAAGGGGUCACAUGACAGACUGUGAAGAGCCGGACCAAUACUCUGAACUUUAUUCAGCUCAAUAUUAAUUUCAUCACUUUAUAAAAUGCAGUAAAUUAUCUGGUUCUGAUUUUUAUUUUCCGGGUAUCCUCACGCAGGCCAGACAGGGACAGGAAUGUGGCCGACUAAUGCCUAGGUCUGCUGUAUUUGCAAGUCUGUGCUGAGUUUGGUUUGUUAGGAAAGUAUGCCUUUAUUUCCAGCAUGUUUGAAAGGGUUAACUAAUGAUCAGCUGCAGCAUGACAUUAUAUCAUCGAGCUUGCAAAACACACACUAUAAACACAACAGUUACCAGCAAUCAAACCAGAUAGUUUGGAUUUGAUUUGUGGAGGCUGUAAGCUCUCCAUGUUUGACACAGAAGGCACAGAGGUGAAUGGGAAUUUGUUUGUGAUCCGUAAAGCUUUGAAGUGACAAUGACAAACUAUCUUUGAAGAAACAAAAUCCCAGUUACUGUUCCCCAGGAUGAGUCUCACUGAAACAGUCAGACCUAGCCCUCGUCAGUUUGCAGUUAGAUCUGUUUACAGCAGAAAACAGUGAAAACUAGUGUUGGGGCUCUUAGUGAUGAGAUGAAGAUGUGAUAAAUCACUACUUUUCAAGAGAGCGGAGUAAAAUGUAUGAAAUAUAGCCAAAGAGGUUUACGUCUGUUCAUAAUGAUGGAAUUCACUUUUUGAAAAUUUUAGACGCCUGUUGUUUUUCAUAAAGCCCUACAGAUGUUUUAUUUCAGAAGUGAAAUGAAAGUACAGAUGGAUAAAGUAUAAUAUAUUUAUAGUAAAAUAUUAUUUACAUAUUCUAAUGCAAAGAAAAUGCCUAGAAUCUGAAACACACACUCCUUUAUCUUGUUAUUAUAUAGCAGUCAACAUUGUUGUGGACUAUAAUAUACAUUAAAAGUGUUUAAAA